AUGAUAGCCAUGUCCGGAUCGUCUCCUUCGACGUCGUCGCAACGGCAUUUGCAAGGCCUAUUAACGCGCCGCGCAGUCGCUGUAGAGCCCAAAAAUGCGGCGCAAUACUUUGACCAUGUGGCUGCUCUAGUGCGUGAGAACGAAGACAUCACGAAGCUGCGGACUUAUAACCUCAAGCGGAGAGCCAAAGUUGCCUAUAAGGGGUACGAAGCGGUGCUGAGUCGCAAGAAACGCACGACAUUGGGCACUAGCGGUAAACCGUCGACUGGUACGAUGACGUACACUUCGAGACCGGGCACGGUCUCCAUCGAUAGCACGAAUGCUACAUUCAAUCCAGCUGCGGUACUUCAAUUGCAGGCAAUGCUGCCUCGAUCACAGCCAGUAGCAGUCAAGCCAGCUCCUAGCACCAUAGCUGUGUCGUCUGUGAUCCCGUCGACAACGUUGGCGACACCAACGGUGACGUCGUCAGUGUCGACUGGACGAAUGACCCCAGCUCAAAUGCAGCUGCACCAACAGCAGAUGAAGAGUGCUCAGCAACAGCAACAGUCCAAGAGAUCGGACUUUGUUGUAGGCACGACAGUGCUCAUCCGGAGUACUGCCGACCUAAUCGCAUGUGGGGCUCGAAAUUUGGCGGGCAAGAUGGGGCGCAUUGUUGCAGCUCCUCAGAUCUAUGGACAAGAGCUCUACUCUGUCUACAUUGACGAACACGAGGCGCUGUUCCAGGUCCCAUUCAAUGCGCUAACGCUUAUCGCUCGCCCAACACCCAAUCAGCAGCAGCAGACGCAAGCGACACAAAAAAUGCAGCAGAUGCAAGCGCAGCUUGCUGCCGCAGGAAGUCGGCAGCGCUCUCAAAGCGGCAAUGGCAAAGCACCGAAGGGGUUAAAAUCAGCCGAGCAGAUCAAAAUGGAGCACUCCUUCCAACUGCACCGCCUCAUGCAGCAGCAAUACCGUGAGAUUCAGGUGCUGCAGCAACGUUAUGCGGAGUGCCGGCUCGUAAAACCGGCGGCGCUAUCAGGCAUCCAGAAGGAGCUAUCGAAGCUGCGACUUGUACAUCUCUCACAAGUGCAAACUCUUAAAAGUAAGCAAGCGCUGGAUAUGAUUGGCAAGUAG